UAUUAGGAGAUCGCAAAUGAAACAUUUGAUUUGACCGCCCUUCCCCCUAAUCCCGCUUGCAUCCUUCUUACCAUCUGAGCGACACCAACCUGCGGUCGACGGACGACAGUUCCUUCCAAUCGGAGCUCCACUAACAAUCGCUCCCCCUUCUCUUAUUACGUACAUCUCUGAAUCACACCUCUUCAUUCCCUGCUGAAAUUCAUGUAACAUCUCGUCUCUGCAUAUCUAUGGAUACAACUGCCAACCAAUUGGUGGCAGUGGGAGGAGGAGGAGAUGAUAAUGGUGUUACCACGAACAAGUGUUUGGAUAAGGAGAGAGAUGCUCUCCUUCAAUUCAAAGCAAAACUUCAAGAGCCUGAUGGUAGUCCCUCUAAAUGGAGACCUGAAGAUGGUGAUGACUGCUGUAACUGGAGAGGAGUCAGGUGCGACAGCCAAACAGGUCAUCAUGUUACAGAGCUUGAUUUGUACGCCAAUGGUCUUGUAGAGUUUGGGAACCUCACCAACUUGCAAUACCUUUAUCUUGAAGACGUUGGCAGAUGUAGAGUUGAAAAUCUUGAGUGGCUGUCUCAUCUAUCUCAUCUGAUGAGACUCUUUAUGGAUGGGAUUUCCCUAGCCAAAGCAAACCGGUGGGUAGAUGUGAUUUCGAGUCUCCCAAAGCUAUCAUAUUUAAGUUUAGAGAGAUGUGAGCUCUCACAGGUCAUGUAUCCACAUUCUUCAUUUCUCAACUCUUCUUCAUCUAUUGAAUUCCUUCAUCUCGAAAACAACAAUCUUAACUCAUCCAUGCAUCGUUGGUUGUUCCCGUUAACCAACAAUAACCUUUCGACUCUUGAUCUCUCUGGCAACAUGUUGGAUGGGAUACCCAAAUAUCUUGGUAACCUCUGUAGUCUGAUUACUUUGUCCUUUGAUAACAACUCUGCUGUUGUCAAUUUUCCUGAUUUUCUCAACAACUUGUCUGGAUGCACAUUGCUUUCAUUACAAUGGUUGUUUGCUCGAAGAAGCCAAUUUAAAGGGUCAUUGCCUGAUGACAUCCAAAACUUUUCAUCCCUAUUAUAUCUGGACCUAUCAGGUAAUCACAUAAAUGGAACCAUAAGUGAGAAACUGUGGGAACUACCCAGCCUUGAAGUGAUUGACCUUUCUCAAAAUCAUCUUAGUGGUGCCAUCUCUGAAAACAUUGGAAAUUCGAAGGCUGUUUUUGUAGAUCUUUCAAAGAACCCACUCCAAGGAGUUCCUUCCACAGAUCAUAUGUCAAACCUUUCUUAUGUAAUGUAUCUUGAUCUGAACUCUUGCAAGCUCGGGCCUCACUUCCCCAAAUGGAUUCAAAAACUGGAAAAUCUUACCCGUCUUGACAUUUCCAAUACUAGUAUUUCAGACACAGUUCCUCCAGAAUUUUGGAACAUGCAAUUCGACUAUUUGAAUCUCUCUUCCAACAACAUCACUGGGGAAGUACCAGAUUUAUCAUCAAAUUCUGGAUUCAGUCCAGCGAUAGAUUUGAGUUCAAACAACUUUUACGGUCCAAUACCACAUCUUCCUUCCAAUUUGGAAUUGUUAAAUCUUUCCAGAAACAAAUUCUCUGGAGGAAUCUCCUUCUUAUGCCAAGUUGUCAAUUGGUUCUUCAAAUUUCUUGACCUCUCCCAUAACUCUCUAACCGGACAACUUCCAGACUGUUUGAGGCACUUCAGACAACUAACAGUUCUUAAUCUAGGACACAACAGUCUAUUUGGAAAGCUUCCUCCCUCUAUUGGAUCUUUGAUCCACCUUGAGGCAUUGUAUUUGUACCAGAAUAACUUCUCUGGAGAAUUGCCUUUUUCUCUAAAGAAUUUCACAAGCUUAACCUCCUUGAAUUUGGGGGCCAACAAGUUUUCUGGUAAUGUGCCUGUUUGGAUCGGGGAAAACUUAUCAAGGUUGUAUGUUCUUAUCCUAAGAUCAAACAACUUCUUCGGAACCAUCCCUUCAGAAUUAUGUCAGUUAGCAAAUCUUCAAAUUUUAGACUUAUCAAGGAACAAUCUUCAUGGAAGCAUCCCUUCAUGUUUGAAUAAUCUUACAAGAAUGGCUCAGGUAGGAUUCUUACCGCCACCAAAUGUACAUCCCUAUACAUCUAAUAUGUAUUAUGGUCUCAUUGAUGAGGUGUGCUCUGUAGGCAUAUGCGAGGCAGGUGACCCAAUGGAUCCGGGUGAUCCAUUCUCUUUGAUACGCCCCCGCAAGAUGGAGAAUCCGUCAGAUACACCAAUCUUGGAUCGAUUUCGGAGAAAAGGAGCUCUAGAUAAAGGCUUUGUGAGCAUAUUUGCAAGUUGA